AUGGUUGCCUGCCUCGGAAAUUAUCGCCAUAUCCGCAUUCUCUUCAUCUGGAAUACGGAGUACACCACCGAGUCAUCGUCCGAAAAGCGCCACGACCUGCAGCACCAACAACAGUUACUUUUCGAGUAUUGUGCCCAAAUGCACUUACUGAAUGUGAUCAGCAUCUAUAGAGACCAUGCGGUUGAUGGACAUUUCUACACUUUCAGCUAUUUUCCUCAGUUCUAUAUCCAACGCAAAACAUUGGAAGAUAAUUGCUUUCCCGAUCGCAUAAGGAAUAUGAGAGGUACCGCCAUUAGAAUUGUUCCCGACCAGUUUCAUCCAUGGACUUUUGUGUGGCACGACCGGGACGGCACUUUGCAAAUCGAUGGAUAUUUGAUUAAAAUUUUGCGUGAAUUCGCCAAGAGAAACAAUAGCACUCUCACUCUUCCAGUACCGGUGGAGCCAGAUGUGUCUAAAAGUGGAACGGUGUGGAGUGGUUUACUACAAAAUAACACAGUCGAUAUAAUAGUCGGAAUAGCGUCUCCAGAUAGUAGGAGAACCGGUGUUGAAUUAUCGACAACGUUGCAGCCAGUGGACUGGAUAUUUAUGCUGCCAAUGCCUCCGCUGGUACCUGACGGUGAAGUGCUUUGGUUUAUUUUAAAUUCAAUGUUAGGUCUAUCUAUGCUACUAUUACUUUUCCUGUUCUCUAUCGUACUCACCUUCGAAAGUGUACUUCAGCAGCGGCGUUCUCUAAAAAGCAUUGUACAAUUGUUUAUCUGGAUGCUCACUAACGUGGUACUCCGUUGUAUAAUUGGACAGUCAUCGUAUUUACAAAUCUCCGCUAUUACCCGGAAGAUAAAACGUUUUAUGUAUUUUUUUCUCUUUCUAAGUGGAAUUUUCGUGAGCACAUUCCUUUCUGCCGGUCUGCAGUCGUAUUCAACCAGCAAGCCCUCUAAAUACCCUCUUGUAAGAACUUUCGAAGAUCUUGCACAGAUUCAAAUUGCAAUCAAAGUAAGUCAAAUGGAAUCCGAAAUAAUUCCGUUAUAUAUCGGUACAAAGUCUACUAAAAUGUUAAGGCUGAUAAUUGAACCUUCGAUUUAUAAAGUGCAAAACGAACGAACAAGUAUGAAGGGAAACUAUGCUUACGUAAUACUUAGCCCACUUUUGCCCGUGUUGUUACGUCUUCAAUCUUAUUUACCACGACCACUUUACUAUGUAAGGGAAGGAGUUUACGUAAGCAAAUCUAUUCCGAUGUCAAUACCAAUGCAGAUGCACUCCAUUUACAGGGAAGCGCUCAACAAAUUGAUUCACCAGAUACAGAGCGCUGGACUGGCUGAGCUAUGGAAAAGCCAAUGCUAUGACGACAUGAUAGCAGCAAAAAUAUUAAAUACCACUAAAAUUAUGCCUGCGAAACAGAAUCCAAUGGGUUUGAAUGAUUUUUUCUGGUUGUGGUGGUUGUAUGGAAUUGGCAUGAGCGUAGCAAUUUGUGUAUUUUGCGCUGAGCUUUGGCAUAAAAAUCGAGCAGCGAAGAAGGUAAUAGUUAAGCAGCAGAGAUAAAAGAAAAUAGUUGUAAGAGGUCGGGUAUGAUUUUGAAGCUCGGCAUUAUGUUUUAAAUUUACUGCAUAGCAAUCAUGCAAAAAUUAUUAA